AUGUAUCCAGAAUGUUUUGAUGGGUCAGUUGGAUGUUUUGAAGAUUACACAUACCAUAUAACCCUAGAUCCUAAAGUUAAACCAGUUAUUCAUGCGCCUCGUAAAGUACCAUUAGAGCUGGUAGAUAAACUAAAUUUCGAACUUGACGAGAUGGAAAAGAGCGGUGUAAUAGAAAAGGUAACAAAACCAACCGAGUGGGUAAAUUCUAUAGUUAUAAGGGAGAAGCCUAAUGGAAGGCUUCGGAUAUGUUUGGAUCCCAAAGACCUGAACGAAGCAAUUAUGCGGGACCACUAUCCAACACCCACCUUAGAGGAAAUCACCCCAAAGUUAGCUGGAGCUAAGAUAUUCAGCAAAUUAGACGCUCGUAAUGGAUACUGGAAUGUUAAGUUAGAUGAUGAAUCAUCAUAUCUAACCACAUUUAAUACACCAAAUGGUCGAUAUAGAUUCCUAAGAAUGCCGUUUGGUCUUCGAAUGAGCCAGGAUGUCUUCCAAUUCAAGAUUGAUGAAGUCUAUCGGAACUGUCUUGGUGCUGCUGGGAUUGCGGACGACAUCACAGUCCAUGGCCAAGAUGAGUCAAAUCACGAUCUAUAUCUUCAUGAUGCAAUGGAACGUACAAGAAUGGCUGGCAUCAAACUCAACCGAGAGAAAUGCAUCAUCAAGACCGCUGAAUGCAGUUUUUUUGGUAUGGUAUAUACCGCGAAUGGAGUCAAACCUGAUCCAGAGAAGGUCAUAGCCAUACAGAACAUGGAACCACCCAAAGAUAAGAAAGAACUUCACACGUUCCUUGGAAUGGUCAACUAUUUAGCGCCAUUUAUGCCCAACUUGGCGAGUCACACGGCACCUUUGAGAGAGUUAAUCCGGGAUAACGUUGAUUACCAAUGGUCUCCGUCACAUACAAGAGCUUUUAACAUACUCAAGUGUCAAAUAAGCACAGAAACUACACUUUCCUACUACGAUAGAAGCAAGUCAGUUGUGCUACAAGUAGACGCAUCAAGUAAAGGCUUGGGAGCCGUUCUAUUACAAGAGAACAAGCCCAUUGCGUUUGCAUCGAAAGCCUUAACCCCUGCUGAGAGUAGGUACGCCAACAUCGAGCGUGAGUUAUUGGCAGUGAUAUAUGGAUGUGAGAAAUUCCACACUUACUUAUAUGGGAGGCAAUUCGUUGUGGAAAGUGAUCAUCGUCCUUUGGAACAGAUCCAGAAGAAAAAUCUCGACAUGGCACCUCCUCGACUUCAAAGAAUGCUUCUACGAUUGCAACCAUACGGUUGUAUCAUCAAAUACAAGCCAGGCAGAUACCCUAUCGAGACUGUCACCAAGGAAGGGAGACGAAAUCCCAGGAAUGCGUGUGAAAAUUCAUCAUCUAGUAGAAUUUCCACCUGUCGAGCUCCAACAGAUAAAGAAGAAACUGCUAGAGAUGGAACUCUUCAAAUACUCAGCGAGCAAGUUAUACAAGGGUGGCCUGAUAGCAUAAAGAAAAUACAGCAAGCAGUAAAGCCUUACUGGAAUAACCGAGAUGACAUUUCUAUCCAAGAAGGACUUCUAUUCUUAGGCAGUAGAAUUUUUCCAGAAUCACUCCGGCAGAAGAUAAUGCGAGAAAUCCAUAGUGGUCAUCAAGGGAUGGAGAAGUGCAAACUCCGUUCAAAAUCCUGCGUUUAUUGGCCCGGUAUAUAUAAAGAGAUUGAGAGUAUGGUGGUGUCCUGUUGUGCCUGCAAGAAAUUCCAGAAUUCACAGCAAAAGGAACCCAUGAUUCCAAGCGAAGUACCGCCAAGACCAUGGCAUACUGUGAGCGCAGACCUGUUUAAGGUAAAUAAUUUCUGGUACAUUGUUAUUGCUGACUAUUACUCGAAAUUUCCAUUUGUGAAGAAAUUAAAUAAUUUAACAGCAACCACUGUAGUUAAUGUGGUUAGAUCGAUAUUUUCUGAGCAAGGCAUACCAGAAACGCUCAUUUGUGAUAAUGGAUCUCAAUUCACUUCUGCCCAAUUUCAAGACCUAGCGAAGAGAUAUGGUUUUAAAGUAGUCACUUCGUCACCUCAUUACCCAAAGGGGCAUGGUUUCAUUGAGAGACAGGUCCAAACUGUGAAGAAGAUCCUGUUGAAAUGCAAGGAAUCAGGAGCUGAUCCUAGUCUUGCAUUACUGUCGUUGCGUUCUACCCCGUUAAGUACAACACUCAAAUCUCCAGCAGAGCUACUAAAUGGAAGAAUGUUCAAGUCAACAUUACCAGUAAAGAUUCAUCCACCAAGCGAUCGGUACGAAACCAGAGACUUGUUAUUAACACAACAAAAGAAACAAGUAAAUCUAUAUAACAGGGAUUCGAAGGAGAAGCCAAAUCUCUUUCAAAAUCAAGCGGUACAAGUUCAAGACCCUGUUAACAAAACGUGGAGUCCAGCGAGAGUAGUUGGUUUUGGACCAACUCCUCGUUCUUAUAUUACAGAGGAUGGAUCCGGAGUUCAGUUACGGAGGAAUAGACAGUUAAUCAAGCCUGAUAUACAGAAGACACCUGAACUGAUAAAUCGUGCAGCCUGUGGAGGCAACCGGGUGAUGUGA